CUGAGCCACUGCGCAUGCGAGUUUCGCCUCGGCCCGGUCGCUCCGCCAUCUUUGUCGGCUAUCCAUUGUUCACUCUGGAGCUAACAGCUGCGGUUACCAGUUCGUACUGCGCAACAAAAUAACUUGACGGUGUCACAGGCAGCUGCCCGCGACAGUCGUGGAUUUGCUCUCAGGGUUGCGACUUGUUCUCGGCCAGCAAGUUAAACAGAAUGGACGAUGACACGCCCAAAACCCUGUAUGUGGGGAAUCUGUCCCGGGACGUGACAGAAGCCCUCAUCUUAGAGUUGUUUGGGCAGAUUGGACCCUGCAAGAGCUGUAAAAUGAUAGUAGAUACAGCAGGUCAUGAUCCGUACUGCUUUGUGGAGUUCUAUGAGCAUAGACAUGCCACUGCCACAAUCGCAGCCAUGAAUGGUCGGAAAAUACUGGGUAAGGAGGUCAAGGUCAACUGGGCCACCACGCCAACCAGCCAAAAGAAAGACACAAGCAGUCACUUCCACGUCUUUGUUGGAGAUCUUAGUCCUGAAAUCACCACAGAUGACAUAAAAGCAGCUUUUGCUCCAUUUGGGAAAAUAUCGGAUUGUCGAGUGGUGAAAGACAUGGCCACAGGUAAAUCUAAAGGCUAUGGCUUUGUCUCCUUCUUCAACAAAUGGGAUGCAGAGAAUGCCAUUCAGCAGAUGGGAGGACAGUGGCUGGGAGGAAGGCAGAUCAGGACCAACUGGGCCACAAGGAAGCCUGCUCCUAAAACCACAAAUGAGACAACCAAUUCCAAGCAGCUAUCUUUUGAUGAGGUGGUCAGCCAGUCCAGCCCUAGCAACUGCACCGUGUACUGCGGGGGAGUCACAACCGGUCUCACAGAGCAAACCAUGAGACAGACCUUCUCGCCUUUCGGCCAAAUAAUGGAAAUCCGAGUUUUCCCAGACAAAGGCUACUCGUUUGUGAGGUUCAACUCUCAUGAAGCAGCAGCUCAUGCCAUCGUGUCAGUCAAUGGCACAUCCAUAGAGGGCUAUGUUGUGAAGUGUUACUGGGGCAAAGAAACGACAGACAUGGUCAGCCCCAUACAGCAGGUCCAGCUGCCACAGCAGAACACGGUGAGCUUCGCAGCGCAGCCCUACAGUCAGUGGGGUCAGUGGUACAGCAACACAGCUGCACAGCAGAUUGGUCAGUAUGUGCCCAAUGGAUGGCAGGUGCCGAGCUACGGAGUCUACGGGCAGACCUGGGAUCAGCAGGGCUACAAUCACUUACACGCUGGUGCCGGAUGGACAGGUGUGGGCGCUGUGAGCAACGGGGGCAUGGUGGAGCCCGGGCAGGGAGUCAACGGGACGGUGCUGACCAACCAGGCUGGCAUGAACGCCGCUGGCUACCACACCCACUGAUCACCGAUCACAGUAGCCCUCUCUAAGCCUCUGAGGCCACAAGGAUGAUACUCUGCUGGGGGAAGGAGCGCAUUAGAUGCGCUCUCUCUGUUACCACUCAAAGUUAUUCUGUUAGAGAGGCUGGUACGCCAUUUUUAUCAACCUUUACCAGCCCAUAACUUCACCCACUGCCCAAAUCUACAAGUGUAAAGAAAACAACCCACUCCAGAACACUUAAACACUGUUAAUACAGCUAAUUGCUAAUGCACCUUGCAUUCCUGGGCCCAUUUUAUUGUUUGGCGUAUUUUUGUAAUGCCUGCAGAUAACUGGCCAAAUGUAAAUUAUACGACCGUGUCAAGAUAUUUCCAGCACAGCCACAUUUUAGUUUAAACUUAAGAUGAACUAAUUAUAUUAAAACACCAGGUUUUCUUUGUUUUCAGCCCCUCAGAGCCAAAGAGCAAGGGCAGAAUUGUAUACCAAUGUUUGCAGUCAUACAGGGAGAAAAGGCUACCAACUUUGCCACAGAAAGCACUCAAUGGUCCACAGUAAGUAAUGCAGUGUAUUGAGUAAGGGGUGUGAUUUUUAUUUUUUCUCAAUUGGAACCUCUUACUCUCACAUCUGGUCUGUCCACCUGUCACUAAAGUGAAAAACAAGUCCAAGCAAGUUCUCAGGGUGUUGUCCAGUCAUUCUGUGAAAUGUAGGAAAUCACUGAGUAGAAGAAGUAGCCAGGUUGAGGGAAAAGUGGAAAUCACAAAACAAGUCAAAUUUCAGUGCUCCUUCACUUUCAUCUCCCGGGACGAACUGAACCGACUGAAGAGCAUCCAGUCUGAGGAGAAGGAAUGUGUGUGUGCUUGCGUGUGUGCAUGAACUGAUGCUUUUACACACAAGAACAAUGUCCAGUUCAUCUUCCCCUGAAACAGAAAGGACUAUGCCAUCUUUAAUUUUUUUUGCAACAGAUGAAAUAGUGUAAUUUUCUUUCUUUGUUUUGAGCAACUUUAAAAUGCUGACGUUGUAUAAAGAGCUUUUUGCCUUU